UUUGCCAUGAAAAAUAGAUAGUGAGAUAGAUAGAUAGAGAAAUGAUAGUCAGACAGAGAUACUUACAGUUUACAAAGGUGUUUGUUUUGGUAUCUCCACAGGUGUUGUAUAAUUCUCCAACUAUGUGAGCCGCUGAGUAGACUGACCACUGACCCAAGCAUCAGGAGAAUACAACUUUGAACAACUUAGGACAAUUUUGAACAACUUUGUGAACGACUUUGGACAACUUUGAAGAAGUUUUGACUGCUUUCGACAACUUUCGACAACUGUGAAAACCUUUGAACGAAUUUAGACAUCUUUAGGCGACUUUGAACAACUUUAGACAACUUUGUGAACAAUUUUGGACAAUUUUGGGCAAUUUUGAACUACUUUGAACGACUUUAGACCAAUUUGGACGACUGUGGACAACUUUAGACAACUUUGUGGACAACUUUAAACAACUUUGGUCAACUCUGAACAACUAGGACAAUUUUGAACAACAUUGUGAACAACUCUUGGCAACUUUGGAUAAAGUUGUGAACAACUUUGGACGACUUUGAACAACUUCGGACAAUUUUGGACAACUUUGGAUAACUGUGGACAACUUUGGACAACUUUGGACAACUUUGUGAACAACUUUGGACAACUUUGUGAACAACGUUUGACAACUUUAAGCAACUUUGGACAACUUUGUGAACAACGUUUGACAACUUUAAGCAACUUUGUGAACAACGUUUGACAACUUUAAGCAACUUUGGACGAUUUUGAGCGAUUUUGUUGACAACUUUGAACAACUCCAAACAAACAAACACUGCAAGAAGCAGAUUUUUCUUGAGACUGCUGACCUAAACAAAGAUAUCCAAAGAAUAAAGAAGUCAAACAAAACAAAAAAGUGAAAGAAAAACUAACAAGCAAACAAUUGCAAUCUAUCGUCUGCAGAGACCGACAAAAUGUCUUCCUAUGUGGACACCCUAAUGACGUCACUGCUCGUGUGUGUCUUGGCCUUGACCUUGACCUGUCCCGUGAGGUCCACUACAACUACAAUACCUGCAGCAGCAACAACAGAAACAGCAACUACAACAACAGCAACAACUACUAUAGCAAUAACAACAGCGACACCCACCCACACUACAGAUGCUGUAGUUUCCGAGACUGGCGGGGGAGACAUGGUCCCUGCAGGGAACACCACAGACAUACCACGUGACUUGUCUACCACCACCACGCCACGCGACACUCUCACAACCACGCCACGUUACAUGUCCUCAACCACUGCGUCACGUGACCUGUCCACCUCCACGUCACGCGACACACCCACCAGCACAUCGCGCGACAUUUUCACUACCACGCCACUCGACACGACGACCUCCACGUCACGUGAUAUUUUCACCACCACCACCACGUCACGUGACAGAAACCGCCCUCCCGCGCCCAUCCCCGCCCCCACACAGACCCACGUAACAAGCCACCACUCCGCGGCCCCUCACGCAAACACCAGCGGCAGUCAGCACACAGCACCCGGAAGGUUCGAACCUGGACCCACAGCAGCCGGCGCCUCUACCGUGACGUCAUCCGCGGCCGCCCCGCCCCCUGGUGUAAGGGGCACAACCACGACUACUACGGCCACCAGUGAGGAGGCGAUGGACACACGAGCUACUUCCCCUGGCGUAAGGGACAUAACCACGACUACCAGUGUCAGUAAGGCAAGGGGCACACAAGUUGGCUCCCCUGCUCUCCCACUCGGCGACCCCGUCCCCACUGACGGUUGGAAGGACACGACGUCCAGUGACCCAUUGGAGGACGCUUCUCGUCUUCAUGGCAACGCCACGGGUGAGGGGGACGCUUCUCGUCUUCAUGGCAACGCCACGGGUGAGGGGGACGCUUCUCGUCUUCAUGGCAACGCGACAGGUGAGGGUGACGCUUCUCGUCUCCAUGGCAACGACACAGAUUGGGAGGACGCUCCUCGUCUCCCUGGCAACGCCACAGAUGUCCGUGUGGGCGAGUCGAGAGAUCCUGACGCGGCUUUGUUCAACACGACGGUGAGCUGGAACACGGAAGGGACAGGUUCGGAUCCCAGGAGCAGUAGAGCCGUCAACGAGGACUUGGGGGGAAGUGACGGCAUGAGCAGUGACUCAACCACGGGACGCAGAACGGGCGUAGGCUUAGGCUUUGUCGUAGGCACUCGGGGUAGCUCUCCGGCGAGGGGCGAGGGUGGUGGGGAGGAUGAGACGACUACUACAGCCGGGGUGGGAGGUGAGAGUGAGGGCGGAGUGAAAGAAGGCGAGCAUAGAGGAGAGGUUAGAGUGAGAGAAAGUGAGACAAGAGGGUUUGAAGUGAGCUAUAGCACACCUGCCGGGCUCAGGAUCGUGGGCACUAUGGUUAUGUUGGGCGUGCUGGCAAUGGCGGGGUUGUUGCUGUGUUCCUGUUCUAUUUAUAGACAAUGGCGGGCAGAUAGGGUCAAAGGUCACGUGGGAGGGGGCAAGGAGGGGGAGGGGGAGGUAGAGGAGAUGGCUGCACUGACGAAAUAUA